GCAUAGCAACUUCCCCAGACCUUGAGUUAUAGACAAGCAUCAUCUUGGAUGUUACACCUGCAGAGAGCAGGAGGCUCAGAGGGCUCCAUAAGGAUUUGUCUGGGUAGCGGAGCAACACCAUGGCUCUCUGCAUAGGUUCACAGACUCUUCACUGAGUUAUAUGCCUCUGAAUACUUCAUCCAUUUUAAUUUUAUUUUAUGCAUAGUGCUGUAAGCAGAGAAUGCUUUCACUAGUCCUAUGGAUGGUAUGGGUUUCGUCUGUCUGCUUUCUCCAAGGCAGGUAAGAAACAUCAAAUUAUUGUCUUGCUCUUAGGCUUACUAAGCCUUUAGGUACAUAUUGUUUUAUUAUAGCCUAUGCCUCUGGCUGUUUGAGUAAAACUAGGGAGGACACUAAGAAAAAAUUAAUAUGUUGAUUCAGUGUACAUUUAUAAUGUGUAAUCAACUGAAGAAAUCUAGAUCAGCAACUUUUGAAGGGAGAGAAGUUGUUGAACCAUAGGGAAUUUACAAUGUUUUGCCAAUUAUAUUAAAAUAACUUAAGCUAAUUACCUACAGAGAAAUAUAGGUCUUUGAAAGGUUCAUGUUAUUUAAAUGUGCCUAAGGAAUACAUGUAUCGUAUAUAUUUUAUUGAGGAGAUGAGCUAAACAUGUUUUACAUUGCAUUUUGUAAAAGGAAUGACCAAUAACUGUAGGAUUUGUAAACCGCUGAGACGGAAAGACACAGUGGAGAUAGGAUUUUGUCCAUUGGAUGAGAUAUACAACAGUCUACAUAAAUGGGCAAGCUACAUGACCUGCAUUUUCUAAUUUCAAUAUAAUAUAAAACUGAUCACUCCCACAGAAGUACCAUCCUUUUAAUUGUAAUUAUAAGAAUAUUACAAUUUUAUUACAAAAAACGACUUUACUUUAGUGCAUGUGGUUCAUUACAAAGAAAUGGCAAUUACAAAGAGCAUGUCUUAUUUCCUCAUACUUUCUGAGAAAUGUUUUUGCAGAAAAUCACUUGAGAUACAGUGCAACUCUUCACCUUCACCUGUAUGAAUCAAAUCCUCUCUAUCACAUCCCUUUAUCAUGGCCAUCAUCUGAAGCAGUAGUUGCCCAUCAGUUCCAGAUAAUACCACUCCUGACAUUCCUCUCACAGUUUCCUCCUCCCCUUUGGCAGGCCUGGGUCCUGUAAGGAGAUGAAGCUACCUAGCAGGGUAGGGAAGGCCCCUUCCCCAUCUGAUUUUCUGGAUAAACUUAUGGGAAGGACAUCUGGGUAUGACGCCCGCAUUAGACCCAACUUCAAAGGUAUAUUGUAAUACAUAGUACAGUAGAUUACACAGUACAGUAAUACACACACACAGUAAUACACAUUACAGUAUAGUACAUCCUAAGUGGGUGGGUGUGGUACAGUCGUUUUACAGAAUAAAUCUAAGACACAAUGUGACAUGAAUCAGAAAGACUUCCACUUUCUAUUUAUUGUGAUACUUGAACCCAGAAUAACUCAGUGUUUGUUUUUGGUUAGAAACGUGUCAUUUUGCAUGCAUGUUCACCCACAGGCCUAGUUUAUUUUGUUUCUUCACAGCCAGCGAAGCAAGCAGAUUCCCUCUGACAUACUUCCUCUUCAUUUCUCAGGGGUCACAUCUCGUCAUAUAUAUUUCAUACUUGCUCCACAUCACUGAAAUAUGCCAGUACAUGCCUUGCAGGGUAACUCCCUGCUGAUGUCUAUAAAUACACUCAUGUAACUCAAGUAGAAUCAAUAAAUUAUACCCUCUUAGGAAAUUAUAUUAUGAAAAAUGUAGGAUGUCAGUAGUUGAGAGAUGCAAUAUACUAAUGGGUGUAUUGGAAAUGACAACACCAUUUUAUUCUGUCUGUUUGUGUGGCUCAAUCUAAUACAAGACAACUUGCCACAUUAUGAAUGUAAGAGAGCUGUUAUUCCAUUAUGCACUGGUAGACAAUACAAUCCUCAUGUCAUUGCAAUGUAGAUACUGUAGACCUGAAUUUUUUUCAUGUAUGAAUGAACAUGUACAUUACCAGUCAAAAGUUUUAGAACACCUACUCAUUCAAGGGUUUUUCUUUAUUUUUACUAUUUUCUACAUUGUAGAAUAAUAGUGAAGAUAUCAAAACUAUGAAAUAACACAUAUGGAAUCGUGUAGUAACCAAAAAAGUGUUACACAAAUCAAAAUAUAUUUUAUAUUUAAGAUUCUUCAAAUAGCCACCCUUUGCCUUGAUGACAGCUUUGCACACUCUUGGCAUUCUCUCAACCAGCAUCACCUGGAAUGCUUUUCCAACAGUCUUGAUGGAGUUUCCACAUAUGCUGAGUACUUGUUGGCUGCUUUUCCUUCACUGUGCAGUCCGACUCAUCCCAAACCAUCUCAAUUGGGUUGAGCUCUGGGGAUUGUGGAGGCCAGGUCAUCUGAUGCAGCACUCCAUCACUCUCCUUCUUGGUAAAAUAGCCCUUACACAGCCUGGAGGUGUGUUGGGUCAUUGUCCUGUUGAAAAACAAAUGAUAGUCCCACUAAACCCAAACCAGAUGGGAUGGUGUAUCGCUGCAGAAUGCUGUGGUAGCCAUGCUGGUUAAGUGUGCCUUGAAUUCUAAAUAAAUCACAGACAGUGUCACCAACAAAGCUCCCCCACACCAUAACACCUCCUCCUCCAUGCUUUACGGUGUGAAAUACACAUGUGGAGAUCAUCCGUUCACCCACAACGCGUCUCACAAAGACAUUUACAUUACAUUUACAUCAUUUAGCAGACGCUCUUAUCCAGAGCGACUUACAAAUUGGUGCAUUCACCUUAUAGCCAGUGGGAUAACCACUUCACAAUAUUUUUUUAUUUUUUUGGGGGGGUGGGGUAAGAGGGGGUAGAAGGAUUACUUUAUCCUAUCCAAGGUAUUCCUUAAAGAGGUGGGGUUUCAAGUGUCUCCGGAAGGUCUAAUGUUCGUGUUUCUUGGCCCAAGCAGGUCUCUUCUUCUUAUUGGUGUCCUUUAGUAGAGGUUUAUUUGCAGCAAUUCGACCAUGAAGGCCUCAUUCACACAGUCCCCUCUGAACAGUUGAUGUUGAGAUGUGUCUGUUACUUGAACUCUGUGAAGCAUUGAUUUGGGCUGCAAUUUCUGAGGCUGGUAACCCUAAUGAACUUAUCCUCUGCAGCAGAGGUAACUCUGGUCUUCCAUUCCUGUGGCGGUCCUCAUGAGAGCCAGUUUCAUCAUAGCGCUUGAUGAUUUUUGCGACUGCACUUGAAGAAACUUUCAAAGUUCUUGAAAUGUUUCGUAUUGACUGACCUACAUGUCUUAAAGUAAUGAUGGACUGUCGAUUCUCUUUGCUUAUUUGAGCUGUUCUUGCCAUAAUAUGGACUUGGUCUUUUACCAAAUAGUGCUAUCUUCUGUUUACCCCCCCCCCACACACACACACACACACACACAUUGUCACAACACAACUGAUUGGCUCAAAUGCAUUAAGAAGGAAAGAAAUUCCACAAAUUGACUUUUAAGAAGGCACACCUGUUAAUUGAAAUGCAUUCCAGGUGACUACCUCAUGAAGCUGGUUGAGAAAAUGCCAAGAGUGUGCAAAGCUGUCAUCAAGGCAAAGGGUGGCUAUUUGAAGAAUCUCAAAUCUCAAAUAUAUUUUCAUUUGUUUAACACUCUUUUGUUUACUACAUGAUUCCAUAUGUGUUAUUUCAUAGUUUUGAUGUCUUAACUAUUAUUCUACAAUGUACAACAUUUUAAAAAUAAAGAAAAACCCUUGAAUGAGUAGGUGUUCUAAAAUGUUUGACCAGUAGUGUAUAAGUAAUGCAUUUUACUGUGCAUUUGAAGCAAAGAACACUGCCUGUUUCAGAAAGCAGCAUGCAGUGAAACAUGGAAUUUAUAUUUAUAUUACAGAUAUAUUACAUAUGAAUGGCUGAGUUUGUCAUGGACGAUUUUUCAGGUCCUCCUGUGAAUGUCACCAUUAACCUCUUCAUCAACAGCUUUGGUUCCAUCACAGAAACCACAAUGGUGAGGGUCUUUUCACUAUCAUCAUCCACCUUUCAUUCAAACAGUGGCUGUUCGCUCCCUUUAAUAGUCUCUUUUAUACUAUAACUACCAUAGGAUUAUCGUCUCAAUGUGUUUCUACGUCAACAAUGGAACGACCCGCGACUGGCCUAUAAGGAGUACCCUGAUGACUCUCUGGACCUGGAUCCUUCCAUGUUGGACUCCAUCUGGAAACCUGACCUUUUCUUUGCCAAUGAAAAGGGGGCAAACUUUCACGAAGUCACCACAGACAACAAACUGCUGCGGAUAUUCCAAAAUGGGAAUGUCCUCUACAGUAUCAGGUGACAUGUGUCUCUAAAAGAGUAGUGUUCAGUAACAAUAAUUAUCAAUAGUUCACAUAUUUGACUUUCUUCACUCAAUUUGAAGCCACAGGUAAUGUUAGAGUGUACAAAGCUCCUCAUACCUGUCUUCUAUUCAUCUUCUCACUAUGUGCUUCUGGUUCUGUGAGCCAGGUUAACUCUGAUCCUGUCCUGCCCCAUGGAUCUGAUGAAUUUCCCCAUGGACAUUCAGACGUGCUCUAUGCAGCUGGAAAGCUGUGAGUUUUCUUUUCCCUCUUUUUAUCUAUUCUUUGCACUCGGCUAGUUUCACUCCCUGGUGCCUCUUUUUCCCCAUUCUCUACAAUUGACUAGACAGGCUUUUGCUGUUGACAACUUUAUAAAUAAACUCCCUCUGUCGCUGGCUUUACCAUGAAUCAAAUAAACCCUUCUUCUCCUCUGUGCUCUAGUUGGCUACACCAUGAAUGACCUGUGUUUCCAGUGGCUGGACAUUGGUCCUGUCCAGGUGGCAGAUGACCUGAUGCUUCCUCAGUUUGUGUUGAAAGAGGAGAAAGACUUGGGCUACUGCACCAAGCACUACAACACAGGUAGAUUCUGGACUCUCAAUGGUAUGUUAUUGCCACACUUUGCUUAAUGAAAAUGUCUUCAUCUCCAACCAUCUGGCAUGCUGGCAGGUAAAUUUGCCUGCAUCGAGGUAAAGUUCCACCUGGAGAGACAGAUGGGCUACUACCUGAUCCAGAUGUACAUCCCCAGCCUGCUAACAGUCAUCCUCUCCUGGGUCUCCUUCUGGAUCAACAUGGACGCCGCCCCGGCUAGAGUGGGCCUUGGUAUCACCACAGUGCUCACCAUGACAACCCAAAGCUCUGGGUCCAGGGCAUCCCUGCCUAAGGUCAUAGAUCAAUUAUAUUUUAUUCUGCUCAGGUGUUCUGUCUGGACAACCAACAUAGUCAAUACAAAUGUAUAAAAAAUAUACUUUAAUUCAGAAACUGCCAGUUACCAGUUCUAUACUUAAUAUCUAAUCAUCACACAAUAUUUCAGUGGUGGGAACGUUCCUGUACUAAGAGCACCAUCACCGUGUUGUUUACCUGCAUGUUGAAGUUGUGAUUCUAAACUGUAUUCAUUUAUUUUGUGGGUUGUGUAGGUGUCUUAUGUGAAGGCCAUCGAUAUCUGGAUGGCUGUGUGUCUUCUUUUUGUGUUCGCUGCACUGCUGGAGUAUGCA